AUGACAACGCAGCCCGACUCUGAAGUCGCCAAGAUUUCAAUACUCGGACAAGACUCUAUCAUUGUUGGGUUUCACUUGACAAACUACAUCGCUCGAGAUGUAUUGAGCAAUAUUAUUUCUUCCAAUUACAUACUUAUUACGGAUAGCAAUAUUGCUCCACUUUACCUCGACAAAUUUGUUAAUGCUUUCAACAAUUUUAUAGACGAAUUAUAUACAGCUAAAGGCGAAAAGGCACCACGUAUUUUCACUCGUAUCUUACCGCCAGGGGAAAUGACCAAAUCGCGUAAAGUCAAGGCAGAAAUUGAGGAUUGGCUUUUAUCGAAUGCAGUGACCAGAGACACUUGCUUUUUAGCCAUCGGUGGUGGUGUUAUAGGUGACCUAGUAGGUUUCAUUGCAGCUACUUUUAUGCGAGGUGCCGCCGUAGUUCAAAUUCCUACUACUUUAUUGGCUAUGGUUGACUCCUCUAUCGGUGGAAAGACCGCUAUUGAUGUUCCUGCGGGCAAGAAUCUAAUUGGUGCUUUUUGGCAGCCAAAGCGAAUUUUUAUCGAUAUCAACUUUUUGCGUACUUUGCCAGAGCGCGAGUUUUCGAAUGGUAUGGCUGAAUGUAUUAAGACUGCUGCUAUUUCUAAUGAAGAUGAUUUCUGCAAACUCGAGAAUGGCGUUGAAGCCAUUCGCGAAGCGGUUUUGGGUAAUAGUUCAAACACAGAAAAUCAAGGGGCAACUCUAGAAACUCGUACAGAAUCGCAGAUAUUAUUGAUGGACAUCAUCAUGGCCUCGGCUCGUUUCAAAGCUUUUGUCGUUACGAACGACGAAAGAGAAGGUGGCCUUCGAGGAUUGUUGAAUUUUGGACAUUCUAUUGGACAUGGAAUUGAAGCAUUAGUCUCACCCCUGAUGCUACAUGGUGAAUGCGUUUCUAUCGGGUGUAUGAAGGAGGCUGAACUGGCCCGUAACCUUGGCUAUUUAAAUCAAGUAGCUGUUGGCCGCUUAGCUCGCUGCUUCGCUUCUUAUGGUUUACCAAUCAGUAUGGACGAGAAAAGAGUCAAGGAUAGAAUCGGUGAAUUAUACUGCCAUGUUGAUGACAUUAUGGAAGUUAUGAAGGUUGAUAAAAAGAAUCAGGGUGACAAAAAGCGUAUUGUUAUGCUUUCUGCCAUUGGGAAGACUUUGGAACCUCGCGCGAGCGUUAUAGCAGAUGCUGAUAUCCGAAAGGUUUUAUCGCCUUCACAGCUUGUAUUGCCCGUGACUGAAUCACCAAAUGGCCCCAAGAAAGAAAUCACUUUGACUACUCCAGGUUCUAAAUCGAUAUCUAAUCGUGCACUAUUGAUCGCUGCAUUGGGUGAGGGCACUGUUAGACUUAGUAAUUUAUUACAUUCAGAUGACACCCAGUUCAUGUUAGCAGCAUUGAAGAGUCUGAAUGCUGCUGAUUUCGAAUGGGAAAAUAAUGGGGAAACACUCGUUGUUCACGGAGGAGGUGGCAGAUUAUCUGUUCCAGACAAAGAGAUUUAUGUUGGUAAUGCUGGUACAGCCUCACGAUUUCUGACGUCUGUUUUAACUCUAAUACCCACUGCCAAUGGCUGCAAGCGAGAAUCAGCGAUACUUACCGGUAAUGCUCGUAUGAAGCAGAGACCAAUUGCUCCGCUUCUUGAUGCAUUGACGACAAAUGGUGCAAAUAUUAAAUCUAUUGAAAAAGAAGGUUUUCUACCUAUCGCUGUAACUCCCAAUGGUGGUUUUAAUGGCGGUCGAAUUGAACUAGCUGCUUCUAUUUCAUCCCAAUAUGUUUCCUCAAUUUUAUUAUGUGCACCAUAUGCAUCCGAACCUGUCGAGCUUGUUUUGACAGGUGGACAAGUAAUCUCUCAGCCGUAUAUCGAUAUGACCAUUGCUAUGAUGGAAUCUUUCGGUGCUAAAGUCGAACGCCUUCCAAAUAAUACGUACAGAAUUGAGAAGGGCAUCUACAAGAACCCUGAUCGCUAUCUCGUGGAGUCUGAUGCAAGCUCAGCCACAUAUCCUCUUGCUAUUGCUGCAAUCACUGGUUCCACUUGCACAGUUACUAGUAUCGGCUCUAGCUCCCUUCAAGGUGAUGCUACCUUUGCUGUUAAUGUUCUCAAACCUAUGGGAUGUACAGUCGUUCAAACAGAAACCUCCACUACAGUUACUGGCCCUCCAAAUAUUACACGUAUUACCGGUAUUGCUAAUCAGCGUGUAAAAGAGUGCAAUCGAAUUGCUGCUAUGGUUCAUGAGCUCACGAAAUUCGGCGUUCAAGCAUCUGAGCUACCUGAUGGAAUUCAAAUCCAUGGCAAACCAAUCAAAGAGCUGCGACCGCCCAAGGAUGGAGUCCACACCUAUGAUGAUCAUCGCAUAGCUAUGAGUUUCUCUGUCCUCUCUACAGUUGUACCACAUGGAACGAUCAUUACGGAUAAAAAGUGCGUUGAGAAAACGUGGCCUACAUGGUGGGAUGACCUUCAAUCUAAGCUAGGUGUUCGUUUGAAUGGUAUUGAUUUAGGCAAAAAAUUGAACGAUACUGAUAAAUCCCUGGGACGUAAUGUAACAAUGGUCACGAAGAAGAUGGACAAUGAAAAAUCUUUGGUUAUCAUUGGCAUGAGAGGAGCUGGAAAAACUACUCUUGGUCAAUAUGCCGCUGAGAUAUUGGGGUUCGAUUUUGUUGAUGUUGAUCAGUAUUUUGAAAAGACCUUAAACACGACCAUCUCGAGCUUCAUCAGCACUUGGGGAUGGGAUCAAUUUCGUAUAAAGGAAACUGAAGCUUUGAAGCAGCUACUAGCUAAAGAUUCGAAAUAUGGAAGAAAUUAUGUUAUUGCUUGCGGUGGCGGUAUUAUUGAAACUGCCGAGGCUCGUGAAAUCCUAAAGGAUCAUACUAAGCUCGGCGGAAAGGUCCUUCAUUUGGUGCGUGAUAUUGAGCAAAUUAUGCGUUACUUAAACCGUGAUCAAACACGCCCUAUGUUCGGUGAAGAUAUGCUAACUGUCUGGCGUCGUCGUCGUUCAUGGUACAAAGAAGUCUGUAAUUUUGAAUUCGUUGCGUACGCUGAUGACUUGCUUGACGAUGGAUACGUUUCUCCUACUGAAUGGUUAGCCAUCAAAAAGGACUUACAGCGAUUCCUAACCUUCAUCACUGGCCGUCAAACCAAUCAUGUAGAUACCACUUCUGGCCACACUGGCACACCCACGACCUUUGUUUCGUUGACUUCCAAAGAUCUCAGCUCUUCCCUUGGGAUACUCAAGGAAGUGUGUGAAGGCGCUGACGCAGUUGAGUUACGCGUUGAUUUGUUACAAAAACCUGAAGAUAAGGAAGACAUGGAUUAUAUCGAAUAUGUUGGUGAACAACUCGCUAUGCUUCGUCGUACUGUGUCUAUUCCUGUUAUUUAUACUGUUCGCUCCAAAGGUCAAGCUGGUGCUUUCCCUGAUGACGAUGAAAAAGGCAUGUUCGAUUUACUCGAGUGGGGUUUGCGUUGGGGCUGUGAGUACGUUGAUGUUGAAAUGUGUUGGAAUCCUUCAACUAUUGAGACAUUCAUUGCUAAAAAGGGUGAAAGUCUUAUCAUAUCUUCUUGGCAUGACGUUCAAAAUAAUACCCCUUGGGACGGCAAGGGUAUACAAUUGAAGUACGAAACAGGUCACAAGUAUGGUGAUAUAAUCAAGUUGGUGGGAAACGCACAGACUUUCCAAGACAAUAUGCUGCUAGAAACAUUCCGCGCUUCGAAAAAAAGUGGCAAAGAUCUUAUCGCCAUUAACAUGGGAGCCGCAGGACAGCUAUCGCGUGUUAUUAAUGACUGUUUGACUCCUAUCACCCAUCCUGCUUUACCUCGGAAAGCUGCUCCUGGACAGCUUUCUCUUGCUGAAAUUAAUAAAGCGCGUCAUCUGAUUGGUCUUUUGCCUGCUAAAUCCUUCUGGUUAAUCGGCACUCCCAUUCAACAUUCCAUGUCACCCACGCUUCAUAAUACAGGUUUCCAAGUGUUGGGCCUUCCGCAUCAAUAUGGGCUGUUAGAAUGCCAUAUGGUUGAAUAUGCUGAGGAAGCAAUUCUUAAAGAUCCCAAUUUCGGUGGUGCUUCUGUUACAAUCCCACAUAAAGUGAACAUUAUGAAGUACUUAGAUGCUGUUAGCGAUAAUGCCAGAGUGAUUGGUGCUGUCAAUACAAUCUAUGUCAGAGAAAUGACUGUGAACGGCGAGAAAAAACGUAGAUUAUUGGGUGAAAAUACAGACUUUAUUGGUAUGAAACGCUGCAUUCAAGCUCUUAUGCUAGACAUCAACAACCCUCCAGAGGAGGGUCUAGUCAUUGGUGCAGGUGGAACUGCUCGUGCAGCUUUGUAUACUCUGCAACAGAUUGGUAUCCAGAAAAUUUAUCUGUGGAAUAGAACUAUUUCUAAGGCUUAUGACCUUCAAAAGGCAUUCAAAGGCAUCAUAAACGUACAGGUGGCUGACUCAUUAGAUGAGAAGCUCGCGCCUGGAGUUAUUAUUUCAACUGUCCCUGCGGAUUCCAAUAUUGAACUGCCAUUACAUUUAUACGGUGGCAUCAAAGGUAUCAUCUGUGAUAUGGCCUACAAACCACGCAGAACGAAAUUACUUCUUCAAGCUGAACGUAAAGGAUGGUUAUGCAUUGAGGGCAUUGAAAUACUUAUUGCACAAGGUAUUGCUCAAUUUGAAAUUUGGACGGGUAAACAUGCUCCUGUCGAUAAAAUUGAAGAAGAGGUCUUAAAGAGAUACGAAUUGUAA